CCAGAAACAUGGCGGAACCGGCUGCGGGGAGGUUGCUUGAAUCCUCUCAGCUGUCCCCCGACCUAGUUGCUGGCACAAGCUGCGCCCGGAGACGUGGGAGCGUUCUCUUGUUUUCCGAGUGCACAGACUCAUCGGGUCACAACUUAUGCUUUUGUGACGCAAUAUGCUGUCUAGGUAUGACACCAAGGAGUUACCUCUUAAGAAUGGCACUUUUGAAAAAGAAUCGUUAAAAUGGAAAAUAAUAGAAAGAGUCAGAAGUUCUUGCCUCAAGGAAUCUUGUUUUGGAAAUGAUUGGAAAUGCAAAGGACUCUUUAAGAGACAACAGGAAACUAAAGAGGAAUAUUUCAGGCAUGUAACUGUGCCAUUUGAAAAAAUAUUAUCUGAAUUCAUCCAGCCUACAUCUUUUCUUCUAAAUCAAAUAAUUCAUACUGGAAAGAAACUCUAUGAACAUAAAAAAUGUGAAAAUCUUACUCAACAGGGAAGAAUUUGUAUCAUUGACAAGCUUGAUGAAAUGUGUGGCAAUGCCUCUGUAUUUUACACAAAUCAUAUGAAACAUCAAAUUUUACUGCAAAGAAAUGCAAUAUAUUUAAAGAAUGUGGCAAAGACUGCUUGUAACUUUCAACUAACUCAAUAUCAAAUAAGUCACGCUAAUCAGAAACCCUUUGAAUGUCAGAUAUGUGGAAAGCCCAUAAGAAAGCGUGCCUACCUUACCCAACAUAAUCAAAUUCACACUGGUGAGAAACCAUAUGAAUGCAAAGAAUGUGGGAAAGCGUUAUGUUGUUCAACAUUGAUUCAACAUAAGAGAACUCAUACUAAUGGGAAACCCUAUGAAUGUCUGGAAUGUAGAAAGAUGUUUAGGUGGAGUGCACAUCUUAUUCGGCAUCAAAGAAUUCAUACUGGUGAGAGACCUUAUACACGUAAGCAAUGUUGGAAGGCCUUUGCUUCUGUUUCUGAUUUAAUAGACAUCAGAAAAUUCACACUGGUGAGAGACUUUAUGAAUGUAAAGAAUGUGGGAAGGCAUUUAACAAUUGCUCAACUUCUAUUCAGCAUCAGAGAAUUCACACUGGUGAGAAGCCCUUUGAAUGUAAGGACUGUGGCAAAGCAUUCAAUAAUUGCUCAACACUUACUCAACGUCAGAGAACUCAUACUAAUGAGAAAUCUUAUGAAUGUCAGGAAUGUAAAAAGGCUUUUAGGCAAAGUGCACAUCUUACUCAACAUCAAAGAACUCAUACUGGUGAGAAACCAUAUGAGUGUGAGGAACAUGGGAAGGCUUUCACUUGUGCUUCUGACUUUGACAGACAUCAGAGAAUUCACACUGUUGAAAAACCCUGUGAAUGUAAAGAAUGUGGUAAAGCCUUUAAUAAUUGCUCAGCUCUUAUUCAACACCAGAGAAUUCACACUGGUGAGAAGCCUUAUGAAUGUAAGCAGUGUGGGAAAGCUUUUAUAUCCUGUUCAACACUUGUUCAACAUCAGAGAACACAUACUAAUGAAAAACCUUAUAAAUGUCAGGAAUGCAAGGCCUUCAAGCAGAGUGCACAUCUAAUGAGACACCAGAGAAUUCACAGUGGGGAGAAACCCUAUGAAUGUAAUGAAUGUGGGAAUGCCUUCAUUUGUUUUUCUGAUUUUAAUAGACAUCAGAGAAUUCACAAAGGAGAGAAACCCUAUCAGUGUAAAGAAUGUAGGAAGGUUUUUAAUAAUUAUCUAACUCUUACUUAACAUCAAAGAAUUCAUACCAGUGUGAAGCCCUAUGAAUGUAAGGAAUGUUGAAAGACCUUUACUUGGCUUUCAAACUUGAAUAAACAUCAGAGGCCAGGCGCGGUGGCUCACACCUGUAAUCCCAGCACUUUGGGAGGCUGAGACGGGCAGAUCAUGAG